AAAUUUAUUUCCCCUUUAUUUCUCACCUUCUCCUUUCAACCACCGGUUAAAUUCCUUAACCUAAUUUCUCCAAUCGUUCUCAAACAAUGUCUUCAUCUCCACUCGCCGCAAAAUCUAACCUAACCACGACUCGAUCCGCUUCGUUAAACAUCCCUCAUUCUACUCGUACCAACCACAACCACGAUCUCCGGUAUAGUCUCUCCGCUGGUCCUCGUACGAACGAAGAUCGACCACCUUCGGGGAACGGCGUCGCCGGAAUCCUCUACAAAUGGGUAAAUUACGGCCAAGGAUGGAAACGACGGUGGUUCGUUCUCCAGGACGGUGUUUUGUCGUAUUAUAGAAUCCAUGGUCCCGAUAAAAUAUCUCUCUCCGUUGAAAUGGACCGGAGAUCUAAAUUGAUCGGCGGAGAAUCUUUACGGUUUAUUUGCCGACAUAGCAAACGUGGUGAUGUUCAUAGCCCCGGGAAACCUCUCGGCCAAAUUCACCUCAAGGUCUCAUCGAUUGGACAAAGCAUAUCAGACGGGAAGAGAUUUACUGUAUUCACUGGCACGAAGAGUCUGCAUUUACGCGCAGCAACGAGCGAGGAUCGUAUCGCUUGGAUCGAAGCUUUGAAAGCUGGUAAAGACACGUUUCCAAGAAUGUCAAACGAAGAACUAAUGGCAUCGACGACUAAUGUCUCAGUCUCGACCGAUAAGCUAAGACAAAGAUUAAUGAAAGAAGAGGUUAACGAGACAAUCAUCAAAGAUUGCGAAGAAAUAAUGAAGAACAAUUUCGUUGCAUUGCAUAAUGAGGUUAUGUCGCUCAAACAGUACCAAUAUCAUCUCAUAGAUUCUCUCAAGAACGUAAAUAAGUCACUUAAGACCCACUAACCAAAGUUUUUCCCAUGUAUGAUUUAUGGGCCAUUUAGUGAAAGCCUAUGUAUAAUUUGUUUAAAAGGUAUCGGCCCAUUUAAUUUUUCAAAAUCAGUGACAUUACUUUUGAUUAUUUUGCAAUUUUUAUCUUUGGUUUAAUAUAAUGAUGAAGUCAAU